CAGGGGUAACUCCAUGAAGGCCCUGGUGCAGCCUGGAAGCUGGCUCUUUUUCUCUUCCCUCUUCACCCCCUCCCCCCCAUCUGCUAGAAGUGCCUGAAGUGGGAGGGAAAUGGCUUGUGAUAUCACUUCCGGGUCAGGAACAACUUCCGGGUCGUGCCCGAGUCCUGGCGGGAGCCGGCAGGGUCUAGGAAGGAGCUACUACGGGGCGGCUGGGGUGGUUCUGAGUCGUGUCUUCACCUUCCCCACCAGGAGAGUGGCCAGGGCUGUCUAGGGAGUGGCCGACCUCAGCACCUCUGCGGACCGCUCUUUGAUGGGGGUCUGGUGUGCUGACCUCAUCCUCCUUCCCUCCCCACUGCCUAGGCCCCAAACCUUGGCACCCCCUCAACUCCUCCCUCGUGACCAAGACGUGCCAAGUCUUGUGGCCGUACCUUCAGGGCCCCUGUUUGACCCCUGGAUGCAGCUUCUCGUUGUCACCUCACACCUGGGUGAACGUCAUUUGAUGUUUGUGACCCUGUCCUGGCAACAUGAGUGAAUUCCGGAUUCACCAUGAUGUGAACGAGCUGCUGAGCUUGCUGCGUGUGCAUGGAGGGGACGGUGCUGAGGUCUACAUCGACCUCCUGCAGAAGAAUAGGACUCCCUAUGUUACAACGACUGUCUCUGCACACAGCGCCAAAGUUAAAAUAGCAGAAUUUUCCCGUACUCCUGAAGACUUCCUGAAGAAGUAUGAUGAACUGAAAUCAAAGAAUGCCCGAAAUCUUGACCCUCUGGUCUACCUCUUGGCAAAGCUCACAGAAGAUAGAGAGACUCUCCAGUAUCUGCAGCAGAAUGCCAAAGACAGAGCCGAGCUGGCCGCCAGUUCGGCUGUGAGCAGCAGCGCCAACUUUAGCAUGCCUUCGACAGCGUCUAAGAUCUCCAUGCAGGAGCUGGAGGAGCUCCGGAAGCAACUGGGCAGUGUGGCCACUGGCCCCAACUUACAGCAGUCACAGGAACUUACAAGAAAGAUGCUUCGGGACAAACAGAGCAAGAGAAAUUCAGGCCACCAUCUGCCAGUGUUCCCUGCAUGGGUAUAUGAGAGACCGACCCUGAUUGGGGAUUUCUUGGUUGGCUCCAGCCUCAGCUCGGACUCCGCUGUGCCUGUCGGGAGCUUGCCCUUGGCCUCCCAAGAGUCUGCAGUUGUGGAAGACCUGUUGUAUGUUCUGGUCGGAGUGGAUGGGCGCUAUGUCACAGCACAGGCCCUCGUCACCAGGCAGAGCCGCACUUUCCUGGUGGACCCCAAUCUGGACAUGUCUGUCAAGGAGCUGGUGAACAGGAUUCUGCCAGUGGCUGCAAGUUACUCAACUGUGACCAGGUUUAUAGAGGAGAAGUCUUCCUUUGAGUACGGCCAAGUCAAUCACGCCUUGGCGGCCGCCAUGAGAACACUAGUCAAGGAGUAUAUGAUCCUGGUCACUCAGCUGGAGCACUUGCAGAGGCAAGGCCUCCUCUCCCUGCAGAAAGUCUGGUUCUACAUCCAGCCCACCAUGCGCACCAUGGAGAUCCUGGCUUCCCUUGCCACCUCUGUGGACAAAGGUGAGUGUUUAGGGGGCGCCACCCUGAGCCUUCUCCACGACAGAAGCUUCAACUAUACUGGCGACAGUCAGGCCCAAGAACUCUGUCUAUACCUGACCAAGGCGGCCAGUGUGCCCUACUUUGAGAUCCUGGAGAAGUGGAUCUACCGGGGGAUCAUCAACGACCCCUACAGUGAGUUCAUGGUGGAGGAGCACGAGCUUCAGAAGGAGAAGAUCCAGGAGGAUUACAAUGACAAGUACUGGGACCAGCGCUACACCGUGGUUCAGCCCCACAUCCCCUCCUUCCUGCAGAAGAUGGCCGACAAGAUCCUGAGCACAGGCAAGUAUCUGAACGUGGUCCGAGAAUGUGGCCACGACGUGACCUGCCCAGUGGCCAAGGAGAUUGUCUACACUCUGAAGGAGCGUGCCUAUGUGGAGCAGAUCGAGAAAGCCUUCAACUACGCGAGCAAAGUGCUGCUGGACUUCCUAAUGGAGGAAGAAGAACUCCUGGCGCACUUGAGGUCCAUCAAGCACUACUUCCUCAUGGACCAGGGAGACUUCUUCGUCCACUUCAUGGACCUCACAGAAGAAGAGCUGAAGAAGCCAGUGGACGACAUCAUCCCGACCCGGCUGGAAGCCCUACUUGAACUGGCACUGCGGAUGAGUACAGCCAACACCGACCCCUUCAAGGAUGACCUGAAGAUUGACCUGAUGCCUCAUGACCUCAUCACGCAGCUUUUGCGAGUUCUGGCCAUAGAGACCAAACAGGAAAAAUCCAUCAUUAAUGCUGACCCAACAGAGCUCACUCUGAGCGGCCUCGAGGCCUUUUCUUUUGACUACAUCGUCAAGUGGCCGCUCUCGCUGAUUAUCAACAGGAAGGCGCUCACCCGCUACCAGAUGCUCUUCCGCCACAUGUUCUAUUGCAAACACGUGGAGAGGCAGCUCUGCAGCGUCUGGAUCAGUAACAAGACGGCCAAGCAGUUCUCCUUACACUGCGCCCGGUGGUUUGCUGGGGCCUUCACCCUGAGGCAGCGAAUGCUGAACUUUGUCCAGAACAUCCAGUAUUACAUGAUGUUCGAGGUGAUGGAGCCAACCUGGCACAUCCUGGAAAAGAAUCUGAAGUCGGCAUCCAACAUAGACGACGUCCUCAGCCACCACACGAGCUUCUUAGACAACUGCCUCAAGGAUUGUAUGCUCACAAACCCGGAGCUGCUGAAGAUCUUCUCAAAGCUCAUGUCCGUCUGCGUCAUGUUCACAAACUGCAUGCAGCGAUUCACCCAGAGCAUGAAGCUGGACAGUGAGCUUGGCCGCCCCCCAGCCGAGCCGGGCACCAUGCUGGGGCCCCCCACAGAGGCCGAGCGUGCAGAGGAGGCUCUCAAGAGGAAACUUGCCACUAAAUACCUGGCCGAGCACGUGGACGCACUUCAGCUGACCUCCGGCUUCGAGGCCACCAUCAACAAGUUCGACAAGAACUUCUCCACCCACCUCCUGGACCUCCUCGAUAAACUGAGUGUGUUCAGCACCAACGACUGUGAGCACAGCAUGGUCAGCGUCAUUUCCAGGCUGGACUUCAAUGGCUUCUACACUGAGCGCCUGGAACGCUUGUCAGCCGAGAGGAGCCAGAAAGCCGCAGCCCCCAUGGCCAGGGCGCCUUUGCCAGUGCAAUGAAGAGCCUGCGUGACCCUGGGAGGGCUCCUGUCCAGGACAGGCCGGGAUAUGUAUUUGUAUCUGAGAGAAUAAACAAGGGAAUUCUGUG